AUGGCGAACAAAUUCGUUUGUGGAUGCGUAACCACUGGUAUACUCCUACUUAUUGGCCUCAUCAUUCUAUUCUUCUCAGCUGGAACAGUAGAGCCAAUCUAAUACGGAAUUAAGUAUAAUAAAUUCUCAAAGAAUGUUGAAAGCGAUGAUGUCUACAGCGGAGGCUGGUAUUUGAUUGGACCCUUCAACUCCUUCAUUCAGUUCCCCAAGACUCAAGUCAACAUCGACUUUUCUGAUCUUCCAGGCUCCAAAUCCCCAGGGUUCUCAACUCUCACUGGUGGAUCAACUAUCACUCUUCACUUCUCAUUCUAGUACCAACUCAUCAAGGAUAAAAUUCCUCUACUUUACAAGUUGUACGCUCAAAGAUACGAGGAAAACUUUAUGAGAGUAGCUAGAGGUGCUAUCUCAGCCGUUGUUUCAAACCUAACAAUUGAAUCAUAUUUCAGUCAAAGACAAUAAGUUGGAGAGUUGAUGAGACAGAGACUUGAUAGCGAUCUACGUGACUCCUUUGCCACAUGCACUGGUGUUCAGAUUAUUAGAAUUGAUCUCCCAAAACAACAAGAUGAUAAACUCGUUGAUGUCCAAGUCUCCGAGCAACUCACUAGUCAAAGAUAAUUCGCUCAACAAGCUGAGGCUGUUAACAAGAACAUUGAAGUCGAUACCUCAAUUUCACAGAGUGUUAUUAAAAACAUUGAAGCUGAGUCUAGAGCUUCGGCCAUUUCCAUUACUAGUGCUGCUGAGGCUGAAAACCAAAAGGCUUUGAUCUAGUCAAAGGCUACUGCUUAUAGUUCUAUCUAAGAAAUUACAGGCUUGACACCUAGUGACAAUUUAAUGGACUUCAUCUAUUACACCAACCUCCUAAACAAUAGAAACUCAACCAUUUUAGUUGGCAUCGAUGAUGCUCAAAUAUCUGUGCUUAAGGGAUCCGGAAAGGGUUAUUGA